AUACAGUGAACAGUUCCUGUGGGCUCGGAGUGAGAGUUUAGCUGCAUGUUGACAUGAUUCUGCUAACUAUAAUGGCUUCAAAUGAAACCAGUGCGAUUUGGGAAUUACUUAAACCUAUUGAUUUUGAGGAGCUCAUCCUGGCGUUCUGCUUGUCGAUAUUAAUUGGUCUGCUCAUCGGGAUCUUGAUUUUCCUCCUCCUUACAUGGAUGUCAAGACGGAGGGCUUCAGUCAGGAUCACCAGACGUCAAACCCAGUCGUUAGAAUCUAAAGGCACACGUAAUCAGCACUGCCACCUCAGACAUUACAAGAGUCACGGCUUCGACAAGAACAGUGAAUCUGCAGGAAGAGUGGUUUUGCCCCUCCACAGACAGACCUCUGUGGACCCCAAUGAGCUGCUGGGUAGAAGCCCUAGCUUUCAGAACUCUACUUUUCGGCCGCCACCAAAAAAGACCAAGAAGACCAGUAAUGAAACAGAGGAUGAUAACCAAGCUGCAUUACUUCCUAACAUCACAGAUCCAUUUAGUGCAGAACCAGCGGAGUCCUUCUGGCUUGGGAAGGGCAGUCUAAGGGGUUUCCUACCCAGACAGACUCCACCACCUGCUUAUGACAGUGUCAUUCACAUCUUUCAAGAGUCCUGUACCUGACUGCACUGUGAUAAGAGACAAAGGAUUGCACAUAAAUCCCAAAACACGGAUAAAACGUGACAAAAGAGGGGAAAAAAAUAAAAGAAAGUCUGGUUCUAAUUUGACAGUUACCCUGAUUUUACACACAUUUGCAUUACUUUCAUGGGUAACACUUAACAAUAAGAUGCCAUUAAUUAGUGUUCAUGCGUUAACUAACAAUGAGCAAUACAGUUAUUAGUAUUCUUUAAUCUUUGUUAACGUUAGGUAAUUAAAAUACCACUGUUCAUUGCUAGCUCAUGUCAGCUCAGGUUCAUUAAAAAAUAAUAAUAAAUACAAGAGAUAUUUUUGAUUUUAAUAAUUUACAGACGCUUUUAUCCAAAGAUGGAAGCUGUUCGUCAAAAAAUGACCAAUAGUCAUGAUGCACAAUGCCAAGUUGUUAAGACAAAUAUGUUGAAAUUAACAUUCACUAAGAUUAAUAAUUGCUCUAAAAAUAUUUUUAUUAUUAGGUUAUGUUAUUUAAUUAAUGUUAACAAAUUUAACCUUAUAGUAAAGUGUAACCCAUGGUGUAAAAAUGUGGAAUGGAAUUAUUUUUGUGUUUCUUAGGAUUAACCCGGUCAUUAAAAAUAACAGAUGCUUUAUUGCAUCUAAAUCUUUACGUUCUUUUGUCACUGUUAGUUUUGGUUGUUUGCUUAUUGAAUUGAAGCAGUGAAGUAAAGCAAAGCACAAAUAAAAGAAUACUAACUAA